AAACUCCCCAGUCCACCCGCCCUUUCUGGCAUGCCUUUUGGCGGCAGCAACCUGGCCUUCUAUUGGCCACAAGCUGUGUCCGGUGAGAAGCGCGGGCUUUCUGACUUCCUGGGGAGUGGCAGUUCACGGGAGAGCCAGAUGAGCGCCAUUUGCAAAGCUCCUCUCCCACUGCAGCAGUCACUGGCUCUGUUGGGGCAGAUCCUCUGCUUCUUGUUCCAGCUGAACUGCCUAUUCGUCUUCAAGCCAUCAUGAGCUCUAAGAAACGCAGGUCACAGAAAGUCUCAUUCGAUGCAAGGAAUAAUAUGAAAAUUGAGGACUAUUUUCCUCAGGUUGACUGUGUCAAAUGUUUUAUCCAUGCAAUUGAGAAGACGGGAAGAAAAAGGAUUGUCAAAUGCGGGGAACUUCGCAAAUCUGGGUGCAAACUCUGCGUCUAUGCUUUCAAAGGAGAAACCGUCAAGGAUGCUGUGUGCAAGGACAGCAGAUUUCUCCCCUUUCUGGAGACUGCUGACUGGAGACUCAUUGAAAACCUGGACUCCAUUGUAGAAAGCACACAGCGAGUUGAUGACUUAGAGGGCAAGCUCUUUCAGGUUGAGGUUGAGAAAAAGGGGGGCUCUAAGGUGGCAGCCACUCAGAAUUGUGAUUCGGCAGCCACUCAGAAUUGUGAUUCGGCAGCCAUUCAGAAUUUUGAUUUGGCAGACUCUCAGAAUUCGGAGUUGGAGGAAAGAAACACCUGUUUGUUAAAAGAAGAAAUUGUGGCCCAGUGCCCUAGUUUGAAAAGAGAAACUGAAAAAAUUAGAGAAAGCUUCAAAAGGGAAUUGAAAACAAGAACGGGGAAAGAAAUAUUUGAGGCUCAUAAAACGAACUUUGGGAAACAGGCAAAAAACUCUAUCCCGGUUAAAACACUCAAAGUUCUUUCUCGUCUUAGUGCUUCAGUUGGGCACAUAGAAUGGGACAACAAUGGGAACAAGGGUUGUGCCACCUGCUUUGUUUUUACAGGGUUGUACAUUUUUACUUGUCGGCAUGUAAUAAGCUACAUUGUGGGAAAUGGAAUAGAGCCAAGUAAGUGGGCAGACAUAAUUGGUCAAUGUGUAAGGGUGACAUUUGGUUACGAAGAUAGACAAGAAAAAAAUGAGUAUUUUUCCGUUGAAACUUGGUUUGAGAUAUCUGAUGUACCUCUUGAUUAUGCUGUUCUGAAACUGAAGGAUGAUGGACAACAAGUACCUGUUGGACUAUAUAACGGAAUUGGUCCUGCUCCACUUAGUGGGUUGAUAUAUAUUAUUGGCUAUCCAGGAAAUGAGGUAAAGUCUACUGAUGGUUGUGUUGUAAUCCCUCAGGGUCAGCGAGUACAGAAAUUUUGGGAACAUCUUCAGGCUGCGGGUAAUGAUGACAACAUAGAGUAUAUCCAUAUGUACACUCAAAGAAGUUUCCAGGAAAUUGAUCCCAGACCUGAUGUGGUUACCUAUGACACCAGUUUUUACUUUGGGUCUUCUGGCUCACCAGUGUUUGAUUCAAAUGGUUCAUUGGUGGCCAUGCAUACUGCUGGUUUUCGUAAUCUCUUCACGAGUGAAUAUUCCAGUAUCAUUGAGUUUGGCUCCAUUAUGAAAUCCAUCCUCCAUAAUAUUAAACAAAAUUAUGGAACAUGGUAUAAAGAAUUAUGCAUAACUCAGGAGGAUGUAGAAAUGGAGUGUGUUGAGGAGGGAGAACAGUGAGAAUUCAGUCUGUUUCUGAGCUUUAAGAGAAUUACCUAUGGAAUGUAAUUCCACAGGUGAUGGUAGUUUUCUAAACUCCAAAAUGGUUAAUUUCAUCAAUAAUAAUAAUAAAAUUCAUAUAAUUGACCACUUUCUAUGCACCAAGCAUUUUUCUAAGCAUAUGAAGAAGCAAGUUGUAACAAUUCUAUGAGUUUGGCUAUUAUAUCCGUAUUUUAAAGUAAAGCAAUGUGAAGAAUGAUAAGAUUAAGUGGUAAUUAUGUUUAGGGCACUAGAACUAGUAUAAUCAUUGUGGUUUUUUCCACCUCCCAUAUCUUUUCCCUAAGUUCAGUUGCUUGAAGGCAGGAUCUAAGACCUGUUCAUCUCAUUAUCCCCAAAGUCUGGCACAUAGAAAGUAAGUGAUUAGAAAAUGUGUGAGUCAAUCAGUAGCAAAACUUAGGGCUCCAGUUAAUCUUUUUAUUUUCCUAAUUGAUUUUUAUUGUUGAGAGUUGCCAGGGUGUUUCUCCCUGCAUCUAAAAGAGUUCAGAAGCCAUGGCCUGCUUGGCUCAGUGGAUAGAGUGUUGGCCUGUGGACUGAAGGAUCCCAGGUUCAAUUCUGGUCAA